UGCCCCUCCCUCCCUCCCGCGCGCGCGGCUCUCCCGGGCGGCCUGACGCGGGGCCUGCGCGGGGCGUCCUGGAGACACCGGCGCGAUGGAAGCGGCGGCGCCGGCGGAGGCGGCGGGCCCGGAGGAGCUGGACAUGGAUGUGAUGAGGCCCUUAAUCAGCGAGCAGCACUUUGACGGUACAUCUGAUGAGGAGCAAGAGCAGGAGCUCCUCCCGGUCCAGAAGCACUACCAGCUCCCCAACCAGGCGGGCAUUUCAUUUGUACAAACUCUUAUGCAUCUUCUCAAAGGAAACAUUGGGACUGGCUUGUUAGGACUUCCAUUGGCCAUAAAAAAUGCAGGAAUAGUGCUGGGACCCAUCAGUCUUGUAUUUAUAGGGAUUAUAUCUGUUCACUGUAUGCACAUUUUGGUACGUUGCAGUCACUUUCUAUGUCAGAGGUUUAAAAAGCCCACAUUAGGCUACAGUGACACCGUGAGCUAUGCAAUGGAAGCAAGUCCUUGGAGCUGCCUUCAGAAGCAAGCAGCCUGGGGAAGGAGUGUGGUUGACUUUUUUCUCGUGAUAACACAGCUGGGAUUCUGUAGUGUUUAUAUUGUCUUCUUAGCUGAAAAUGUGAAACAAGUUCAUGAAGGGUUCCUGGAGAGAACAGUGUUUGUUCUGAAUGGCACCAAUUCGUCGAUACCAUGUGAGAGAAAUAUUGACCUCAGGACAUACAUGCUUUGCUUUCUUCCAUUUAUAAUUCUCUUGGUCUUCAUCCGUGAACUGAAGAAUUUAUUUGUGCUCUCGUUUCUUGCCAAUUUGUCCAUGGCUGUCAGUCUUGUGAUCAUUUAUCAAUAUGUUAUCAGGAACAUGCCAGAUCCUCACAACCUUCCAAUAGUGGCAGGCUGGAAGAAAUACCCACUCUUUUUUGGAACUGCUGUAUUUGCUUUUGAGGGCAUAGGAGUGGUCCUUCCACUAGAAAAUCAAAUGAAAGACUCCAAACGCUUCCCCCAGGCACUGAAUAUCGGCAUGGGGAUUGUUACGGCUUUGUAUAUUACAUUAGCUACCUUAGGGUAUAUGUGUUUCCGUGAUGAAAUCAAAGGUAGCAUAACUUUAAAUCUUCCCCAGGACAUAUGGUUAUAUCAAUCAGUGAAAAUUCUAUAUUCCUUUGGCAUUUUUGUGACAUAUUCAAUCCAGUUUUAUGUUCCAGCAGAAAUUAUUAUACCUGUAGUAACAGCGAAAUGUCAUGCUAAAUGGAAACAAAUUUGUGAAUUUACUAUAAGGUCCCUCUUGGUUAGUAUUACUUGUGCGGGGGCUGUUCUGAUCCCACGUCUGGACAUCGUCAUCUCCUUUGUUGGAGCCGUGAGCAGCAGCACCUUGGCCCUCAUCCUGCCCCCUUUGGUGGAGAUUCUGACCUUCUCCAAGGAACACUACAACAUAUGGAUGGUUCUGAAAAAUAUUUCCAUAGCCUUCACUGGAGUUGUUGGUUUCUUGCUAGGUACAUAUGUAACUGUUGAAGAAAUUAUUUAUCCUACUCCCAAAGUCACAACUGGCAUGCUACAAACCCCCCCUCUAAAUUUAAGUUCAACAUGCCUUACAUCUGGUUUGAAAUAGCAGAAGCAGAAUUCUGAGUACUCUACUUUUUCUCAUUCCUGAAAAUGAUAAAAUUAAGUAGUAGGAUACAAUGCCAAACUACUUAAAAGUAGAACCAAGCACUGAUUUUUGGUUGUUUUGUUUGCUUUUGGCAUAUUUAUAUUUGGAGAGUUUAAUGUAAGUCUUUACCAGCAGUGUUUGAUAAAUUGUGACAAGUCCCUGGUUUUAAUUAUCAGCAAUAAUUUUUUAAAAACUUGAUUUCAAAACACUAAAAUGUGGACAAUUAGAGAAUAAACAGUUUUAUAUUAUUCUUUUCCUCAAUAAGCACUAUUUGCACCAAGGCCUCUUGCUUUUACCCCAAGAUGUCCUUUCACCACCCAGUUGGGGAUGGUUUACAAAAGGAACAGAAACCCUCGGACCUUCCCAACAUCCACGUCCAAGUAUGCUUUAUGCACAAAUGUGAAACUCUUAAUUAGGCUUUUAAUAGAUAACCAAAUACCUAUAAGUCCCUGGAAAUACAGAAAACUCCUAUCAACCAUAAUGUAAGCAUACAGAAAUUCCUAUAACCAGAAAUAUUUAUACAAUAUUUUAUAAUAGCAAUUGAUCUUUAAAAUGAAAACCACAAGACACUGUGAAAGACUCGAAAUUAGUGUUUUGAUAAAAUCUGAAGACUUAAAAGUUUAUCCACUACAAGUCCCACUAUUUUUCACUUGAGGAAACUAAACCAAGAAAUGUUUUGUGACCCCACAAGAGAAAUAGAGCUUCUGACUCCUAGUCCAGAAUUCUUCCAUGUUUCACUUUACAUUAAAAAAAAAAGAAUAAAUGUGUUUAGUUUAAUUUUAACACUGGGUCUGUUUGAUUAUUAUUCUGGUAUUUUAAGAUGGGCCAUCUCUGAAUAGUCUGUGUGAUAUGACUGGACCCUAGGGACCUCGGAAAUGCCUGUACUGCAGCCGUGCAUGCCUCAGCUAGAGGACAAAGUGAGUUUCUGCACAUAGGAAAACAUACUGGUUGGCUGCUGGGGCUGAGGUGAUUAGCCACACUGGGUGCUGGGUUCUGGGGCAGAGGUGCUCAGUCACACUGGGUGCUGACGGCUGAGGUGCUCAACCACACUCUGGAUAAGUCCCUAUUGUCUUACCCCUUCCCCAAGCCAUCACUUUCUUAAUGGCAAGUUAUAGGGCAGAAUGGAGUCUUUGCACCUGUGGCUUUUCUUCUUCCAGCUCUUUCUGAACAAAGACCUCCACAGGAAUCCCCUCAGGGAAACUGGUAGUAACUGUUCAAUACUGGGACAUGCAAGGCUUUCCCGGAGACAUACCUUCUGCUACUCCAUUCUAAGAUGGCAGGGAAGAUGGAAAUUAUCAAGUUUAUUGUGAGUCCUGACUUAAAUCAUAUUUUAAGGCACAGUGAUUUUUAGGAUCAGACUUGUGGUAAUCUUGUAGUACUAUAUCAUCAAGGUCACUGUGGUGUGUUAUAUAUUUUACAUGUAAAUGUUAUUUCCAGUACUUUUUGCUUAUAUCAUUAAUGAGAUUUCAAGUACAAUCC